AUGACAUCAGGUCUAUUUAAAAUGUUAGUUACAACAUGUGGCACACUUGUUCAUCACAUGACCAGUUAUCACCCUCCCACAAACAGCACAAUGGAGAGAUUUCACAGAACACUGAAAGCUGCCCUCAUAUGCCAAAAUACAACGUGGUCUACCAUUAUACCUGUAGUUCUCAUAAGUUUGUGUGGGGCACACAAAGCUGACUUAGGGCACAUCAUCAAGCACCAGGCAGUACCAACCAUCAGCCGAGUUCCAGCAUUCAUUCAACAGCUCCACCACUGCAUGGUCCACCUUUAUUCAAUAUCCCUGUGGUGCCAUGCUGAACACUGGUCCCUCCUGUACAAAGACCUACAUACAUGCAUGCAUGUUAUGCUCCAAGUGGAUGUCAAUCAGCCACCCCUCCAGCCACAGUAUUCCACUGAUGUCUACUGUGGUCCUUCCCAUCCUGUGCACAUCACCCAAUGUCAAGAUCAAACUGCCAUUGGCAUUGUAAGCAAUAUUCCGGUUGCUCAGCAGCAGACAUGUGGGACUCCAACAUUGAGACCAUGCAGCACUACCUCACCAUGA